UCAAGCGGGAAUCGUGGGAGUGGCCCAAAGGUUUGGAGGAAAAGAUACCGCAGGUUACGUAACACGAUUCCGACGGCCAUAUCCCAAAAUAAUCGGGCCUCGCGCUUUCCACUCCGCAUUCUAUAUCGUUUACGCGAAACCCAGCGUGCGUCCGCGCGCCACAUUAAGUCGACCUCGAGCGUGAGAUUUCGUCGACAUGCCGGCGGAGCUCGGUCUCUGUGUUUGCUGUCCUGUGACUCGAGUGCGUUAAGAUCGCUGCUCUCGCUCUCUCCUUUCCCUAAUUACACACGGUAAGCCACAGUGUAUUUCGGGAAGGUCGAGUGCGCGCGGGCGCGCGUGCGUUUUUUUGUUCGCGCCAUGUUUCCCGUCUUAAACGAUGAGCUUCGGUGCGCGGGCUGCAGUUGUAAUCUGCGGUCGGAGGCCAUAUUAGGCAACUGCGUGUGGACUCCGGAGAUCCAGUGGUGCGAUUUGAGCCAACGGCUUCUAUUUUUUCCGUGGCUGAGUGACGAUUGAAGAUAGAUUGAAAAGUUGAGCCGAAUGCUGGCCAUAGAUUGAAAAGUUGAGCCGAAUGCUGGCCGGCAUGACUUUUUCCUUUCCUUUGGUGUGUGAAAACCCAACUCCUAACUCUCAAAUUGUCGGCCUCCUGAGCGCACGUGGCCUCGGCACACACGCACAAAUAUGCGCAGAGUUGACUUUAUCCGCAGCUCGAUGCCAACGCGCUCAUUUGCGCGCCGCAUGAAACGCGUCAGCGGCAUCGGGUGCCGACUCACGGCGUGAGACUGUGACAGCCCGAAAGGAAAACAUUCAAGAGAAAAGUGGAGAUUAAAUUGCGCACGCGCACGUGAACGUCAACACGCACACACACACACACACACGCGCGCGCGCAGCAAGAGAACAGGGAAGGAACCACUCACAGACUCUUUCCGGCCAUAUCUUGACGCUGCAUCUUCUCACGCUUCCUUCCUUCCUCCUCGUGCGUUACGCCGGUGGGCCGUCACGUAGCCUCGUGGCAACUUUUCCUACUCGAGCCUUUAAACGUGUGACGGCAUCUCGGCGGUGCGUCGUUUACGCAAAACCCGGCGACACGGCACAGCGCCCGUCGGGCAGCGACGUCGCUUUCGACGACAUCGGGAUGGCAGAAGCGCGCGUACACCUUUACGCGCAAUAAGCGUCGCGCCCGUGUCGCGGUUCUGACAGCACCUCUGGAAAUCUAAGAUGCCCUAGACGGCGAGAGGUGACAUGUAAAUGGCUUCCAAAGUGAAAGAUGCCGUGGUGUGGUACCAGAAAAAGAUCGGCGCCUACGACCAGCAGAUAUGGGAGAAGUCUGUGGAGCAGCGGGAAAUAAAGGGCCUGAGGAACAAGCCGAAGAAGACCGGCCACGUCAAGCCAGACCUUAUCGACGUGGACCUGGUCAGAGGCUCCGCGUUCGCCAAGGCGAAACCGGAGAGUCCGUGGACCUCGCUGACUCGGAAGGGCAUCGUGCGCGUCGUCUUCUUCCCCUUCUUCUACCGAUGGUGGAUCGGGGUCACCUCCGGGGCCAUCUUCCUCUUGCUGCUGGCUCUCUACCUGCUGCAAGCGGCGGCGGCCCUCCUCUACGCGACCAUCCCGCAGCCUCACGGGAUCCCCGCCACCGAGGUGUUCGGCGCCAUCUGGCUCAUGCUGCUGCUGGGCACCGUGCACUGUCAGAUCGUUUCCACCGGGACGCCCAAGCCGGCCCCCGGCGUCGGCGGGAAGAGACGCAGGAAGUUGAGGAAGGCUUCUCAGAUGGAGGCGCACAGGGAAGGCGACGGCUCGAGCAGUACCGAUAACACGCAGGAGGGGGCGCCGCACUCCUACUCGGCCAGCGCCACCAACAGCCUGGGCGCUCUGUUCCACGAUUUCUGGCACGAUCUGUGUAAAGCCGGGUCCGGGAAGUCCAAGCUCUCCAUCGACAAGUCGACGGAAACCGACAACGGCUACGUGUCGCUGGACGGCCGCGUGACCAACCGCAGCAGCGAGGAGGGUCUGCGCCCGCGCCACGAACUCUCGAACCGCCUCGACGAAGCGCGCCGGGCCGCGCGCGGACCGCCGCGGCACGCUCACGCCGCCCCGCGCGACGCCGCCGGCGCCAAGGGGCCCGCGUCGGACGAGGCGUCCAGCGAGGAGGACCCCGACGCGUCGUACGUCGCCCUCCGCAGGGGAGUCGAGAGAUUGAACGCCGACUGCGCGCUCCGAAACCGCAAGAACGCGCACUACAAGAAACACUACGCCGCGGAGGACGUUCCCGAGUCCGGCGCCGGCCGCGGCUCCCGCCGCUCCGGCCCGAGGACCCGGGACGCCGAGAGCACCCGGCACGAGUCUGAGACGGAGGACCUGCUGUGGGAGGACUUCUUGCACUGCGCCGAGUGCAGGUCGUCCUGCACGUCGGAGACGGAUGGAGAAGGAGGAGGCGUUCCCGCGUGUCCUCCCGCCAAGAAGGAGUACCGAGACGACCCUUUCCAUCAGGGUCACGCCCCUUGGCCGCACAGCUCCAACGCCGGCCUGGAGAGGGUGAGCGCCAUCGUGUGGGAGGGAAACGAGUGCAAGAAAGCCGACAUGUCCGUCCUGGAGAUCAGCGGCAUGAUCACGAACAGGGUGAAUCUUUACACGCCGGGGAUCGGUUACCAGGUGUUGGGGAAUCUGGUGUCAGUCACGCUGGGACUCACCCCCUUAGCGUACAGACUGGCUCAGCGGCGCGACUCGGAGCAGCCGACGGCGCCGUCGGCCAACGAGCUGCUGUCCGCGGCGCUGGGGGGCGGGUCCGGCUCGGAAGCCCUGGUGGUCGCCAUGGUGACGGUGAGCUUCACGGUGCGGGUGUGCCUCACGUGGCUCUUCUUCUUCUUGCUGAGCGUGGCCGAGAGGACCUACAAGCAGAGGCUGUUGUUCGCCAAACUAUUCGGCCACCUGACUUCGGCGCGACGAGCCAGGAAGUCUGAAGUUCCUCAUUUUCGACUGAAGAAAGUCCAGAACAUCAAGAUGUGGUUGUCGCUACGCUCCUACCUCAAACGGCGAGGUCCUCAGCGCUCUGUCGACGUCAUCGUGUCUUCCGCCUUCUUGUUAACGCUGUCUGUUGUCUUCAUCUGCUGUGCACAGUUGCUGCACGUGCACGAGACGUUCCUGGAGUGCCACUACAACUGGGAGCUGGUGAUCUGGUGUUCCAGUCUGUCGCUCUUCCUGCUCAGGUUCGUCACGCUGGGCUCGGAGACCAGCAAGAAGUACAGCAACACGUCCAUCUUGCUGACGGAACAGAUCAACUUGUAUCUGAAGAUGGAGAAGAAGCCCAACAAGAAGGAAGAGCUGACGCUGGUCAACAACGUGUUGAAACUGGCGACCAAACUCCUCAAGGAGCUGGACAGUCCGUUCAGGCUGUACGGUUUGACCAUGAACCCCCUGCUGUACAACAUCACGCAAGUGGUCAUCCUGUCGGCCGUGUCCGGCGUCAUUUCGGACCUGUUGGGGUUUAACUUGAAGCUGUGGAAAAUCAAGUCGUGACGUUAAGAUGGCCGAAGACGACGACGACGACGACGAAGAAGACCGAGACGAUGACGAUGACGAUGAAGAUGACAUAUCAUCGGCGCGCUUUGACCUUCAACAAGCUAUUUACCCGCUCAGUGUUGUCACUUUUUAUUGAACCUCGCUAUUUAUGACAUCGCACGGCGCUCCCUCGAGUGUAAGUUAUUUGAUUUUAGUCAGGAACGUUCCUACGAUGUGGGUUCUCGGCUCAACUUUUGAAGUCAGUUUUACGUCGGGCCGCAAACGUUACGCGUACGUUCCGGCCGCUUUUGAGAACGAGGCAAAGUUUUGGACAGAACCGCCCGGUACGAUUCAUAACGCGCAACGUCGGCGCGUUCGUACGACGAUUGGUAACCGACUGACUCGGCGGAAAGAGGAGAAAAAGACCAAAGUCCAGAUAAAGUCUCCAAAUACGGAUGUGACACUAAAGAAAACAAAAAAAGGGCUGUACAAGCCAAACGGAAAGGGAAAGCGACCGAUUUAUUUUGGGUUACGCAAAACGCAAGCCGGCAAUGUUUACGGUGCGCCCGGGAGCUGGCCGUCUGUGGCGCAUCUGAUUUGUGUGUAUUUUUUUUCCACCUCAGGGCGAAGAAAAGAAUUUAGUGUGAGGAUGUGUGUCAUUUUCAUGUCAUUCGGCGGUAAAGACGGCAAUCCUUUUUAACGGGGCCUCGAGUCAGGCUGAUUUGGCUGUCGGCUACGGCGCGAGUGCUAAAGGGCCGCCUCCGCGACAACGUCGCGAGGCUCUGUCCUAACGUUAAACGGGAAGUUUGGAAAACGCAACUUUCCAAUCUGCACGACCGUUGUCGAGCCAAUUAGACGGGACGCGAAAUGUCCCGCGUGAGACGAUUGGGUUAAGAGAACGUCCCCGGCGGUGUGAACGGAGCCUCGAUGAAGUUGUCGGGCAACAUUUUGGAAUUGGCUCAAGUCGCCGACAGUGUUUCUACGCGGACGUUUCUCCCCCCCCCCCUCCGGGCCGAGUCCCAAAAAGCGUCCAAUUCCGAGGUCCGGCGGAGUUUGCGCGCGUCAGUAUUCGGUUGUUAUGUGGAACCGGUUGUUUUAUCGAGGCAAAACCAACACGCACUUUAAAUGAAUCGAAAGUGGACGAUUUGCAUCAGUGUCACGGAAAGAAAUGCUGACAUGUAAAGUUGUUGCGUUAGCAUGUCGCUAAGGUUAUUAUUGUGAAAUUUUUUUUUCCUCAUUGUGUGUUUGAAGGAGACCAAAGUGAUUUGCUUCCUUUUGUUGUCGCGGUAAAAGAAUGUACUCGCAGCUUUAAAUGGGUUACGUCAGGCUGUAGUUUUUUUGCGUUGGGAUGUGUAUGUUUUUAUCUUGUGGUCUGUUUGUAUUUUCAAGUUUGUAGUUGAGCGUUUUGGUUGGGAAGAAGAGGCGCGUUUGAAUGUUUUCUUUUUCCAGUAACAAAGAAGUGUUCGGGCGAACACGACGGACAGUCGGGGCGGUCCAAAUAAUUUGGGGAGGAAAAUGGUCUGUUGACAGUUUGAUAAAGAAACCAAGCGCACCAUAGUGUUUGUUUGUGUUUGCGUGUUAUUUUCUGCUCCACGUGUUUGAUUCCAAAAAGUGUUUUUGACACCACAGGUCCCUCACAAGAAAUAAAUGUGAGAUUAUAUCGGUAGGCAGUUGGCGAAAAUGGAAAAGAAAGAACCUACGAUUUGCUUGUUUUUGAAAGCAAGGCCGUCACAUAGGAACGGAAUCGGUACGGGUUCCCGGUACUCCCUACCGGUAUUCGACGAUAGCAAUUUUUGGUAGUUUUGCGUGCGUUCGCGAUUGCUAAAUAAUAAAAGGUGAAUUGUUUUGAGUUGAACACGUUAUUAAGUUGUUGAUUUUCGAAAGGGGAAAGAAAAGCGAGCGGAACCACAAGAGGUGUACAAUCGUCUGUGGGUUGUUUCCGCCCAAAUCAAUGGAUAUGAACGUCCCUUUAAAAUGUCGUCAAAGAGACUUGUUUGAACGUAUUUGUCAGAUAACUAGUUGGGAGAGGGCCGACAUUGAAUCACAUUUAAAAAAAGCUAUGGAGGUGUUUUGGCACGGUGGGAAAUGUUUGCGUUUCGGAUUUGUGAAUAAGACGUCAUUUGCCCUCUGCUGUUAAAUAAAGCGACUGUUGUUGUAACCAAACGUCUUUGUUGUUGCAUCUUUGUCGGGUGAGAAAGCGGGACUCGUGGGAAUUUUGCCCAUCCGUUGUUGAGCAAUUGUUUCUAUUUAGCGUAGCGUCCAGCCAGAGACGUGAAAAGUACGAUGAGCGUUAUGAAGAAAAACGGUUGCAUCGUCAGCAAUUUGGCAAUCUGCUACGAAGAGUGAAGGAAUUGGCACGUGUUCGAAAUGCAUUUUUCAACGUGAGCGUGAAUCGCGAUGUAUUUGGAAAUACUUGUAGUAUGUAAGAGUUUGUGAAUUGUUGACGCAGAUUACCUUCACACGUCCGCUAGGCGGCGGCGUUGCCGUCUCCGUUGAUGGCUGUCAAUUGAGCAGCGCCGAACAAGGCGAGCAAACCAGCAGUCACGAGUAAGUAAAAUAUAAAGGAAUGGCCUUCCUCGUCUGUCAGCAACAUGCCAAAAAAACCAGCGUAUUAUUACGGUGUUGAAAUAAUAACAGAGAGGAGACAGCAACACCGACGCCGAGCGGACGGAGGGAGCCACACGUGUGACGGUAGAAAUGUAGAUUGACGUUUGUCUCCGGAAUGAACCUCGAACAAUUCCCAAGCAAUAUGGAACAUUUCCAAAUGAAACGUCACGACAACAUUUGAAAGAUGCCAAAAGGGGUGGUGGAUUUGAAACACAAGGGCAACUGAUUGAGCGCCAAUCAAGUGCAGGCUUGCACCUGAGGGGGGCGGGGCGUAUAUAAAGUGCGCCGGUCCCGAGGAAGCGGAAGCAGUCGGCGAGGGGAGCUCGAGCAGGUAAGCGGCGACGUUUGUUUUCUGCCAAACUCAUCGUUCAAGUGUUUCCCACUCGUAGGUGACCGCUGAGCUGAACCUCCUGGAGAGUCGUACCGAGGUAAAGCGUCGUAACCCUUUCCAAUGUUUUGUCUGCAGCAGCACGAGCUGACGUUCAAAGGUGAGCUUUGCGAUCAGCAGCACGAGGAGGAGUUGAACCGAGCGGAGAUGAUUGACAGGCUGGAGCGGAAGGGCGCCCGCUGCUGGUCUGAGGCAGCAACUGCAGCCGUGCCGUCGGUCUCCACUGAACGCUUUGCAAAUGAUUUGGGACACGUGCGGCGCUCAGCCACUCUCGUCCGCACAGCCUGCACGUCAGCCUGGGGUCGAGUUGGUUAGCCUGACCGACCUACGGAACAUUUCCACUCUGCAGCCUGUCCUCGUUGACCUAAUUGUUUGUUUUGUAGUGUCUGAGGGGUGGCGCACAAGAUCCAAAGACUUCCAAGAGGUCUGUGCAGCACACGUUCAUCAGAAACCCCUCUGCACCGUCCGUGACCGAAGCGCACUCCCAAUGGCCAAAGCUGACUUGUCGUAACGGUUUAAUUUUUUUCCAGCAGAUGAAGCGCAACGCGGCAGGCGAGACAUUGGAUGACCAGAGCGGCCGCAGCCUUGGCGAGAGUCAAUCGGAGGAAGAAAAUUCCAUUUGUGGCGAGGCCUCCGCCAGACGAGCAGCUCUUCGGUCGGCGGCGUGGCAAAUGUUGCUGAAAAGGGCCGAGCAGAAGUCUAGCGGGACAAUUGGAACAGCCACCUUUUUUUAUAUUUGAGGCGGCUUCGUGACAAGUUCCGUUUUGUUUUUCAGGCUGUGAAGUGAAUUUUGUGGCGGUCAACGCCCUUCCUACCAGUUGGUGUUGCAAGGAGGGCCUCGGAACAGAAUUGGAGUCAAGUCCCCUUCAAAGUAAGUAACUGGUUGUUUGACUUGUCAAGUCACACACAGAUGUAUGUUUGUUUGUUUUUGCAGGCGCUGGCUUUUCCUGACGAUGACCGCUGCUGAUUUUUGGAAAGCUUUUUUUCCCCCAAGAAUAAGCAGGUUCAGGGUUUUGUGGCUGAAUGCUGCUUGACUGAAAAGGAACCAAUAGGAGUAAGUGUAAUGGCGAAGUUGUGAGUUGAGGUUUAAUUUGCUGGCUGGACUUUCCCAGAGAAGAGGCCCUCCAAGCCGAUUUGGAAAGUAUAUUGAGCAGGUUGUCAAUGUUUGUCUUUUUAGCAGGUGUGCCAUUGUCGCCUCUUGGGGGUUGAAGAUCAGGCCUACGAGUUGUCUUCGGAAGUACCCUUCCACCUAAAGGUAAUCAGUUAUUUUGAAUCCCGUUUUCUGUGCAGGCUCUGAAUCUUUUGGGGAGGACUCGUUCCAAGUAAGUGUAAAAGCACAAUCGUCCAGUUUGCAUCGGAACCUUUGAACGCAUUUAAUUUUUUAUUUUUCCCCCCCCCCCCCCCUCAAGAUGGCUGUUGCCGGAAAGGACUCUCCGAAGUGACCCGUCACAAUGCUCAGAUGCCACCUGGCAGGACUUAAUUUGGACAAUUGAAUUGAUCUUUUUGGCAGUAUGGAAAAAGACUCCCAGGUUGGAAGUGGAUUUGUUUUUAUUUUUUUGCCAAGAAGGUGUGGAGACAGUUGAUGGUCAACGUGCUGUCGUCUGCCCAACGUUCCUCCAACGCCGAAGACUCUUGCUGUACGGGUGAGUAAAUGACAUGGUUGCAAAGCGCA